AUGACAUCAAAAUAUAUAAAAGCAAGGAACCGAUGUAUAUUUUUAAUUAUGUUCGCUAUUUGCUUAUUGUUUGUUAACUUCUUUCUCGUUGAGAGUAAGAAUUACUAUGACCUCGCAGAAGCCACGAGUCAUUUUAAUGAGUUUAUUAUCACUUAUAAUAAGCAGUACAGAAAUGAAGUAGAAAAGUUUACACGAUUCCUGAUAUUCUCUGUAAACCUUGUGGAAAUUAAUCGGAAGAAUGCAGAGAGUACACACGCUGUUUAUGGUAUAACACUGUUUUGUGAUUUGACCUAUGAAGAGUUCCUCAAGUAUGCUACGGGGCUGAACGGUACGGGUGACCCAAAAUGCUCUUCUUCAAUUAGCCAAGUCAACUCCUCAAUAAUAGCACCUGAUUCAUUCGACUGGAGGACGGAGAACGUUGUCAGCCGAGUCAAGGAUCAGCAAAUAUGUGGUUCCUGCUGGGCUUUUGCAGCUACAGGAGCUGUCGAGAGUCAAUAUGCAAUAAAGCACAAGACAAUUCAAGAAGUGUCCGAACAGCAGCUGGUCGAUUGCGACCAGAGAUCCUCGGGAUGUGGAGGAACAAAUAGUUUGGACAAUCCAUUCUUAUAUUUUAUAGAAAAUGGAGCAAUGUCAGAAAAAGACUACCCAUAUGAAUCGAAACACCAUACUAAAUGUCGAUUUGAGAAGGAAAAAGUGAAGGUUACAGUAAAGGGUUGCAGAAAUUUGGAUGUUGGUAGAGAUGAGGAAAAAUUAAAGAAAUUAUUACACCAAAAUGGCCCCACAACGAUUGCGCUCGAUGCUACUCCACUCAGCAAAUAUAUAAAUGGAAUUGUCAAAUCUUCAGAAUGUAAGAGUAAAACUAUUAACCACGCUGUGCUGCUUGUUGGAUAUGGAACAGAAAAUGGUAUUCCGUACUGGAUCGUGAAAAAUUCUUGGGGUCCGGCUUGGGGUGAAGAUGGCUAUGUUCGAAUCGAGAGAGGCGUCAACUGCAUCAAUAUGAUGAUAGCAGCUCCAGUACAGCCUAUUUUGGAUUGAUAUAUUAAAUUUAUCCAUUGAAA